CAUCGCACUGCGUGAUCUAGUGUCGUAUAGCAGCUAGCACCAAAAACAAAUAACAACAAUGUCUCGAUUCACGAUUUUAUUGGUCAUCGCAGUGGCGUAUGAAGUAGUAGCAGAUGGAGCUGUAAAGGACUCUAAAGACGAGCAGAGUGGCAUUCUGUCGUCCGUGGUGGCUGCUCCCAUCGGGUGGGGUGGCCAUGGAGCUGGUAUCAUCGGAGGAGGAAUAGUGGGAGGCCCCGCAGUCGUCGCUGGACCCGCCGUAGUCUCACACGGCAUCGGCAGCGCCUCCGCCAUCAACAACGCAGCUGCCGUCGGUGCCGCCCAGCUCAGUGCCAUACAAAACGCGCAGGCUGUCCAGGCCGCUCAGAUCGCCAACUCCGCAGCUGCCGCCAUCCAGGGAGCGCGUGUGACCGAAGCCGCCGCGAGAGGUACCCAGGCCAAUGCCAUUAGCAACGCCCAGGCUCUCGACGCAGCCCGCGUAGCCAACAUCCAAAGAGCACAGGCGGCCGCCUACGAAAACGCGAGGGCUCUGGAAGCCGCGAGACGCGCUGCCGCCGCUAGUGCCGCCGAGGUAGCUCGCGCCGUCGAAGCCGAGCGCUUGGCCAACGCUGCUCGUGUCCAGGCCGUCGCCAUCGCCAACACCCGUGCUAUGGAAGCUGCGCGCAUCGCCAAUGCUGCUAGGGCGCAAGUAGCUGCUGUGGCCAACAGCGCUGCUCAAGCUCAGGCCGUUGCUGACUCAGUAGCAAGAACCGUUGACGGUGGUCUCAUUCACGGAGGUGUGAUCUCCGCCGUACCGGUCGGUGGGCUCGUUGCCGCCGGUGGCUACGGAUACGGUGGGUACGGCUAUGGCGGAGUCGGUCUGGCCGGACACGGCAUUGGUGGCAUUGGAGUCGGACUCGGAGGCAAGAUUAUCCACUAAUAAGGCUCGUAAUAUAACAACUCCCAGUGAAUACUAACCAGUCAACAAUAAUCAAAAUUCUACGUCCGUUUCGUUCUUUAACAGAAAUGGUUAGCGGCAUCAAUCAUGUCAUAGUAGAUUUGUUCAGGUGAUGUAAAUAUUAUUUUCGAAAUUUGCAACCGACUACGUCAUUUUGUAAUAAAUGUAGCCAUUAGCAUAUAUAAAGGAGAUUUUUAUUUUAUUAUUGGUAACCUAUGAUCAUGGA